AUGAUUACAAAUGGCACGCUGGGUCCAAUGCCUCUAAAUGGUUUCCAUGGCAUAGCUGAUGUGGUUCAAGGGACUUUCCAUCGUGGCAGUCUUUAUCAGCACCACACCCUUGCCCACACCACAAGGAAUCCCCACUGCAUAUUCUUCCAUUCUCUCCUUCACAUGGCUCUUUCUCUUCUGUUUCCUCUUCUUGCCACCUUUCUUUUCAUGCAAACUCUGGCAGAUACUUCCUUUAUACAAUCUCGUGCAGCAUAUUACCCAAACUCUGAAGAAAACGGCACAGACGUUGGUGCAUGUGAAUUUGGUUCUUUUGGUGCCACCGUUAAUGGUGGGGAUGUAUCAGCUGCAUCUAAUCUUUAUCGAAAUGGUGUUGGCUGUGGUGCCUGUUAUCAGGUGAGAUGUAGCAAUAGUGCUUAUUGCUCAGGAAACGGUGUCACAAUAGUAAUAACUGACCAAGGCUCAAGUGCUAACACUGACUUCAUUCUUAGCCAACGAGCUUUUGGUGGGAUGGCUAUCAAUAAGGACGCUGCUGCUUCUCUAUUAGCUCUUGGCAUAGUUGAUAUUCAAUAUAGACGGGUUUCAUGCAGCUACCCAAACAAAAACAUUACAGUUAAGAUACAUGAGAGCAGCAACAACCCUCACUAUUUGGCUUUUGUCUUAUGGUUUCAACAGGGAAGUAGAGACAUAACUGCUGUGCAACUUUGUGAGACUCAGAACUUUGUGUGCAAGUUACUGGAUCGGAGUCAUGGUGCAGUUUGGACCACUACCGCUCCACCGAGUGGACCUUUGGCUUUGAGAAUGUUGUUUAGUGCUGAAGAAGAGGGAGAUGAAUCGUGGGUCGUUCCAGUUAAUAACAUUCCACAAGACUGGAAGGCAGGAGAAACGUACGACUUAGGGGUACAAGUGGACCAAUAG